CGCGGGUAAAGAUGGCGAUAGAAGAGGGUAGGAGAUCAACUUUAUCCGGGAACAAUCGUUGCUGAAUGUCGGGUUGAGAGAGAAUACACCGUUAGUUAGCGAGCGUGUAGUUGCUUAAUGGCUAGCCACCUAUUUCACUGUCAUUUCGUGAGUCCAGACUACGCAACGUGAUCGAAUAAUCGAAUUGUGCCCGUGCACGAGCUUCCUUCCUUACGACCAAACUGCAGAGUCCGUCCUGAGAAGAGCGGAUAAAGUUUAUUACGGAUCUGACUCAACCCUCUUGACGCUGAUUUUUGUUGUUGUUGUUCAUUAUUUGGUGUAACAGUCGGACACUAUCUGAACAGGUUAUCAGUAGCCAAGAGGUUCACAUGCCAAGAGAGAGAGGACGAAGAGGAAACGAAGAGCGGACACACUCAGGGCGAUGAGUCUGGAGCACACAGCAUAUACUCUUAAAGAAUGCCUGUGACUUAGGAACCUGUGGAUGAGGACAUCGCUGGAAUAACUUGGGAAUAACAGAACGGACAGACAGACUGACGCUGAACGCCAAGGAUGACGAGCGCUGCCCCGGCCAGGAAGCCUUACCGCAAGGCUCCGCCUCAGCACCGCGAGACACGAAACAGCCUGCCCUUGUUUCGAGAGGACCUUAGUGGGAGCACGCUGCCUGCCCACACCGCUGGCCCUAACCUGCCUGACCCCUGCCAGGACUCCUUAUCAGAUGCAGACAGGAUCAAGAUCCUGCAGCAACAGAAUGAAGACCUGCGCCGGCGGCUCUCCCACACCACCCACAAGAUGGAGGCCAUGGAGACGGAGUUUGAGACCAGCCGCCACUACAUGCGGGAGGAAAUGGGUCGUACCCGCGACGACCUGGAGAAGAUGAGAGACAAGUUCCGCAGACUGCAGAACAGCUACACUGCCUCCCAGCGGGCCAACCAAGACCUGGAGGAGAAGCUUCAUGCCCUGCUCCGUAAAGUGGAGAGGGACAAGAAGACAAUGGACCAGGAGAUAGUGGAGCUCACCAACAAACUCCUGGACGCCAAGAACACCAUCGACAAGCUGGAGGAGUUGAACGAGCGCUAUCGGCAAGAUUGCAAUUUGGCCGUGCAGCUGUUGAAGUGCAAUAAGUCCCAUUUCAGAAACCACAAGUUUGCAGAUCUGCCGUAUGAGCUGCAGGACAUGGUGAACAAGCACAUGAAGGCCAGUCUGCCGGAUAAGAGUUCCCAGGGGGCCCAGGGCCAGGACUCCGACACCAUGAGCCUGACGCCCGCUGACGUGGUGCCCACCUCAGUCAUUGCCCGCAUCCUGGAGAAGCCUGAGCCUCUGGUGCUCAACUCUGCCCAGUCCAGCAGCAGUGCAGGCCGGCCCCAGGCAGAGGACGUGUUUGUGCAUGUGGACAUGACUGGGCCCCAGGCAGGAGGAGGGGGUAGAGAGAACGGGGGUCCCGGUCACAGUAGCAGGGCCCCAGCCCAGAGCAGCCAGGCCCAGGAGCUCCUCCAGCAGAACGGCAUGUGUCGGAGCCAGAGCAGCCUGUCAGCAGAUGGCCAAUCAGGAGAGGAGGGUAGAGAGGGUGGUGCCUUCGAGAAGCUCAACCCCUACCCAGCCCCCCCUCCGCCCCACCCCCUCUAUCCCGGCCGCAAGGUGAUCGAGUUCUCCUCGGACGACAAGGUGAAGAUCCCCAAGAACAGCCCCCUGCCCAACUGCACCUACGCAACACGCCAGGCCAUCUCCCUCAGCCUGGUGCAGAACGACGAGGAGAACGAGCGCCAGCGCACCGUGCCAAACAGCCCCGCUGUGUCGGACGGGGGCUGGCGAUCUGGAACGUCGUCCUCCUCAGGGGGAGGGGGGCAGCGUGACCCCUGCCGCACCCCUACUCAGCUGGACACAGCAGACCCUCUCUCAAACCAGUCCAGCCCCUUCAGCAGCCCCCCUCAGCCCCCCAGCGCCUUUGCCAGCUCAGGGAGCUCCGAGGAGGACCUGCUGGCCAACUGGCAGCGCAUGUUUGUGGAGAAGAUGGCACCAUCCUCUGAGGGCACCCUGGUCAACCGCACCACCUUCAGCAGCGAGACGGUCAAGGACCUGGAGAGGACCCGGACCGGCAAGCCAGUGGGCGGGGGUUCCGACAGGGGGGCACUACGGGGGGCCUACUCGGACGGGGAGGAGGGGUCCUCCACCCGCAGCUGGACAGCAAGCCGGGAAUCCAGCCUGGACACUGACACCAGCAGCAUGGCUGACCUCCGCACCAGGAGGGGGCAUUAUGGAGCAGACUUCUCCACAGAGGAAAGCGAGCAGCUGCUGAUGGCCCUGGACCCACUGGACAACGACCGAGACAACACCAGUGGCGACACCGUGUCAACGGCCAUCACUGUGGAGACCAGCCCGGCGGAGGCCAAUAGGAAUGAUUUUGUGGACGAGACUGGGUCUGUAGGCAGCUCUGCAGAGGAGAGAGACAUCCUGCCACAGGACUUCCCCGUCAAAGCCCCCCGGGUCCUGGCAGGGCUAGAGGACUACACAAAGAACACCCCUCCCCUUCCCGCAAACUCCUCCACUUCCACCCCCGGCCGACCCCUGAAGAGCCCAAAGAGGAUGGGAGUCCACCACCUGCACCGCAAAGACAGCCUGACCCGGGCACAGGAGCAUGGUAACCUGCUGGACUGAGACUAGGGGACUUUACUCCUCUCACUUCAUCGGUCAUCUGACAGACUACCUCUUCAAUGGUCUGUGGACUCUUUAUCUUACCAGAAAAGAGAGAUGAUUCGUGUUGGUCCUUCCUUUGUCCGUGCUGCUGUCUCUCAUGAGUUUAGUCAGGAAAUACACACAUUCUCUAGUAACCACAUUCAAGAGCUGACUGUACUUUAAAAGAUAUGUGCGAUUCCUGGCUGCCGGUUGAAUGGUAAAGUUUGCGGUGUUCUUUCCUUUGUUUUCCACUGUAAACCUGCAAUCUCCUCCAGUAGCAGAACAAAGGGUCCUACAGGGGUUUCUGAAUGAGGUUAGUUUUCUGUCUCUCAAACACUCCAAAACUGUUGCAGAGAGGAGAAUGGUGACUACAGGAGAUAGCCAUUGCAGGGUCAUUUCCUGUGUGUAAACAUCCAGCCAGUGUGUGUUCUCAUGGAACAGCCCAGAUGGUGCAACAUUUCAUCUCGUCACCUGAGAUGAUCGGCGAUAUGCAGGAUGGAUGGAGUUGUUGCCUUCUCCCACGUUUGUUCUCUCUUACCCUGGAUCCCCCCUCCCCCCUAGGGAAAUGAUAUGUCAUACAGGGGAACUUUACCUCCAUCUCUGAAUGGACGAAUGGUGAAGAGGGCAAGCACUUGCAAGCGCAUGCUGUUGUCUGGUGUGAGUGGAUGGUGGAACGGACCCCCACACAGACUCUUCAGUGCCUAUCCCUCUCUGUCUGAGGGGGUUUCUAACCCCCCAAUUCCCAGAAUAUAUCUAUUCUGAUGCCCCUCUGAAGCACCUGAAGUGUGCAGCAGUCUGUUGAGCACCCACUCUUAAGGGCUCUCUUCUCUGUAAUUGGUCAACUACACAAGAACUAGGAAGGUCACCCUCAAUGAAUUCCUGAAAUUGUCAGUCUCACUCCAGUUUAUUUUCUCAAUAACACAUAGUUUUCAUUGAUUUGUCUUUCUAUUAUCGUAAUAGUUACCUUUUUUAUUUCUUCACAUCGCUUCUUCAUUCAAAUAAUUUUGAUUUUGACAUUUAGAUUUGUAUGCAACUAUUUUAUGGCUGAGGUCUGGACAUAAUAUGACGAUCGAACAGUCAAAGUAUUUCUACUCUUUCACUGUUGUUCUGUUAUUGAUCUGUCAUUGGAUUUAGUCAUCUGUAUUUUCAUUUCAAGAAACAAACAGGCCUAUAGUUCUAUUGUUAACUCUGGUACUUUACAUGGGGUUUUACAAAGGAAGACCUAAAUGGCAUGAAACACGGUGUUUUUCAGAAGAACCACGACAACCUUCAAGGCAUUUUUGUGGAUGUGUUUUGGAACUAUUCACUCGGCCCGGGGCGGGGGGGGAUAAUUCUCCUUGAAAAUGCCUUCAAUUCUCAUUGUGUACCACUUCUGUUAGCAAUGUAUUCAGGAACAAUAGUAUGUUUCCAGAAUAUCAAAGUGACAAGGAAUAACCGAAGGCGAAAGGUCUGCAUGGUAUGACAGGGCUGGUUGAUGAGAUUUUUCCUAUUUCUUUACCGUUGACAAUUUCCUGAUCAGGAAAGUAUUUUUGUUGGUGUACUACCCAGUCUCCGUUGUGAGGGUUCACAGAGGAUGUUAUACUAGUAACUAGUAAACUGUGAAGAGGGGAAUGAUUUGAUAUGUUUUCCUCUGUGUUCAGCCAACCUUUUAAGUAUUUAAUCAGUGUGCUUAUCAGAUGUCCCCACCCCUAGAUAUUCUGGUGGAGAGAGUUCAGAUCAUUUGAAAAAAUGCAAAGUUGUUUUAAUCUUUGGCCCUUUCUAAAUGCACCUAAUCUGGAAUGUAAUCAUGGCUUUACAGUAUUUGGCGUUUAUUUUCGCUAUAGGUCCAUUUUCAUCGACAUGCUUUUGUAUGGAUAUAAUUUUUGAUUUUCUGGAUUGAUUUGAUUGUGUGCGUGUGUUCCUUUUGGACUUUCAUUUGGUCCAGUAUAUUCAAUUGACUUACCGUUCUGUAUUUAGCCAUGUUGAAUUUGUCUUAAUUGUAAUCCAUAAAAUGUGUUCAGCGUCAGACAAUUCUCUAUGUACAGUUGAAGUCGGAAGUUUACAUACACUUAGGUUGGAGUCAUUAAAUCUCGUUUUUCAACCACUCCACAAAUUUCUUGUUAACAAACUAUAGUUUUGGCAAGUGGGUUAGGACAUCCACUUUGUGCAUGACAAGUAAUUUUUCCAACAAUUGUUUACAGACAGAUUAUUUAAUUUAUAAUUCACUGUAUCACAAUUCCAGUGGGUCAGAAGUUAACAUACACUAAGUUGACUGCCUUUAAACAGCUUGGAAAAUUCCAGAAAAUGAUGUCAUGGCUUUAGAAGCUUCUGAUAGGCUAAUUGACAUCAUUUGAGUCAAUCGGAGGUGUAUCUGUGAAUGUAUUUCAAGGCCUACCUUCAAACUCAGUGCCUCUUUGCUUGAUAUCAUGGGAAACAUUGUAGACCUCCACAAGUCUGGUUCAACCUUGGGAGAAAUUUCCAAACGCCUGAAGGUACCAGGUUCAUCUGUACAAACAAUAGUACGCAAGUAUAAACACCAGCCGUCAUACCGCUCAGGAAGGACUUUGGUGCGAGAAGAGCAACUCAAUCCCAGAACAACAGCAAAGACCUUGUGAAGAUGCUGGAGGAAACCGGUACAAAAUCUAUAUCCACAGUAAAACGAGUCCGAUAUCGACAUAACCUGAAAGGCCGCUCAGCAAGGAAGGAGCCACUACUCUGAAACCGCCAUAAAAAAGCCAGACUACGGUUUGCAACUGCACAUGGGGACAAAGAUUGUACUUUUUGGAGAAAUGUCCUCUGUCCUCCAUCAUUAUGUUUGGAGGAAAAAGGGGGAUGCUUGCAAGCAGAAGAACACCAUCCCAACCGUGAAGCACGGGGUGGCAGCAUGAUGUUGUGUGGGUGCUUUGCUGCAGGAGGGACUGGUGCACUUUACAAAAUAGAUGGCAUCAUGCGGCAGGAAAAUUAUGUGGAUAUAUUGAAGCAACAGCUCAAGACAUCAGUCAUGAAGUUGAAGCUUGGUCGCAAAUGGGUCUUCCAAAUGGACAAUGACCCCCAAGCAUACUUCCAAGGUUGUGGCAAAAUGGCUCAAGGACAAGAAUGUCAAGGUAUUGGAGUGGCCAUCAAAGCCCUGACCUCAAUCCCAUAGAAAAUGUGUGGGCAGAACUGAAAAGGCGUAUGCGAGACAAGGAGGCCUACAAACCUGGCUCAGUUACACCAGCUCUGUCAGGAGGAAUGGGCCAAAAUUCACCCAACGUAUUGUGGGAAGCUUGUGGAAGGCUACCAAAAACGUUUGAUCCAAGUUAAACAAUUUAAAGGCAAUGCUACCAAAUACUAUUUGUGUGUAUUUAAACUUCUGACCCACUGGGAAUGUGAUGAAAUAAAUCACUCUUUACCAUUCUAUACUAUUUCACAUUCUUAAAAUAAAGUGGUGAUCCUAACUGACCUAAGACAGGGAAUGUUUGUUAGGAUUAAAUGUCAGGAAUUGUCAAAAACUGAGUUUAAAUGUAUUUGGCUAAGGUCUAUGUAAACUUCCGACUUCAACUGUAGCUUUAGUACAUAAUAAUGAUGAUUGAGGCAAAAGUCUGCAUUUUCAUUCAUGUAUUUGUUAGCCUUUCUAAUGGCUUUUUGAUUGCGUGGUUUAUGAAGCCGGAUACUGUCCUGCUGUUUUAUUGAUCCCAGAUUGACAGCUCACAGUGAAAGCCCUUCAGUAUAAGGCAGUAAUCCAGUAUGAAGUCACACACCUCAUGCAGUGUUCUUAACUCUGAGUCAGACUCUGAGCCAUCUGCUUGUAUUUGUUCAUGCAACCCUCUGUGGGCUGAAGACGGUGUAAUAUCAUAUACAGUGCAUUUUGAAAGUAUUUAGACCCCUUCACUUUUUACAUCCUUAUUCGAAACUGGAUUAAAUAGUUUUUUCCCUUCAUCAAAUCUACUCACACAAUAUCUCAUAAAGACAAAACAAAAAGGUUUUUUUUGCAGUUUUUUUUUUAAACUAAUCUCACACUUAAGUAUUCAGACCCUUUACUCAGUACUUUGUUGAUGCACCUUUGGCAGUGAUUACAGCCUUGUAUGAUGCUGCAAGCUUGGCAAACCUGUAUUUGGGGAGUUUCUCACAUUCUUCUCUGCAGAUUCUCUUAAGCUCUGUCACGUUGGAUGGGGAGCAUCGCUGCACAGCUAUUUUCAGGUCUCUCCAGAGAUGUUUGAUCAGGUUCAAGUCCGGGCUCUGACUGGGCCACUCAAGGACAUUCAGAGACUUGUCCCGAAGCCACUUCUGCGUAUUCUUAGCUGUGUGCUUAGGAUCAUUGUCCUGUUGGAAGGUGAACCUUCGCCCCGGUCUGUGACACUAGGCAUUCAGGCCAACGAGUUCAAUCUGGGUUUCAUCAGACUGCUCUGGAGCAGGUUGUCAUCAAGGAUCUCUCUGUACUUUGCGCCGUUGAUCCUGACUAGUCUACCAGUCCCUGCCGCUGAAAAACAUCCACACAGCCUGGCCACUCUACAAUAAAGGCCCGAUUGGUGGCGUGCUGCAGAGGUGGUUGUCCUUCUGGAAAGUUCUCUCAUCUCCACAGAUGAACUCUGGAGCUCUGUCAGUGACCAUCGGAUUCUUGGUCACCUCCCUGACCAAGGCCCUUCUCCCCCGAUUGCUCAGUUUGGCUGGGCGGCCAGCUCUAGGAAGAGUCUUGGUGGUUCCAAACUUCUUCAAUUUAAGAAUGAUGGAGCCCACUGUGUUCUUGGGGACCUUCAAUGCUGCAGGAAUGUUUUGGUACCCUUUCCCAGAUCUGUGCCUCGACACAAUCCUGUCUCGGAGCUCUACUGACAAUUCCUUCAACCUCAUGGCUUGGUUUUUGCUCUGACAUGCAUUGUCAACUGUGGGACCUUAUAUAGACAAUUGUAUGCAUUUCCAAAUCAUGCCAAUCAAUUGAAUUUACCACAGGUGGACUCCAAUCAAGUUGUAGCAACAUCUCAAGGAUGAUCAGUGGUAACAGGAUGCACCGGAGCUCAAUUUCAAGUUGCAUAGCAAAGGUUCUGUAUACUUAUGUAAAUAAGGCAUCUUUUUUUUAAAUUUGCAACAAUUUCUAAAAAACAACUUUUCGCUCUGUCAUUAUGGGGUAUUGUGUGUAGAUUGAUGAGGAAAAACUUUAUUUAAUCCAUUGUAGAAUAAGGCUAUAACAUAACAAAAUGUGAAAUGUGAAGGGGUCUGAAUACUUUCUGAAUUGCCUGCACUUACAUUUUGAAGACAAAUUAAAUGAUCAAAGAUAAAUGCAACAACACUUCAUGAUUACGACGGAGGGCUUUUGCCAAGCACUGUGUUUCCACAAGGUUAGAAAAGAUACGCCAGUAAACUCUGUCCAUGCCGCAUUAUAAAAAUGCCCUAACUCCCCCCCCUCUGUUUAAACCUCUGUUCUUAGACCAACAAGUAAAAGCCACAUAUCAAGGAACUAGCAUCAUUGUGCUGUAAAGUCCUGUGCCACCGCCAGUCACUGGUGUCAUACGAGGUAACUGUGUUCCCUCCAGAGCGAGAUGAGUCACCAGAUCCCGAUAUAAAAGUCUCUCCACAUACUAUAUCCAACACGCUGGAGGCUUUCUGCUGCACUCCUGGUCCCUGAAUAAUUCAACGCCAUUUUCUUCAGUGUAACGGACCGGGACCCUGGAUUACGGGCCCCCAAAUCCACACGGUUCACGUCACUCCACCCUCACACUUUUUAAACCUCUUUUCUUUUGCUUGGAGUCUGCUUAUUGGUCUUUUUCAUUAUAAAUGGUGUUAAUAGCCCAUAAUUAAGAGUUGUAACAACCCUUUACUAAAUUAUUCAUGUUUUAUUACCCUCAGAAAUAGGUCUCUAAUACUUCAAAAAGGAGUAGAGUAGUCUGUCAUGGUCUUCAGCAUGGACAUUUAUGUUUUUAAUAUUUCACGGUUUCGUGCAAAUACAAAAACGGAAAUGGAAAAAGAGGGAAUUAAAUGUGCAGGCUCCAAUGUACUAAGCAGUAUAAAUAGGCCUUUAUAUCUGGUCUCCUGCAACUUUAAUGACUCCUCUUUCGCGAAUAUAAUUGAACACAUCUCUGCUGACGCGUCUCUUCUUUGAUCCAAGGUCGCCUUCCCCCGAGAUGCUCCACUCGUGUGGAGCUUUUUAAAUUUAGUCUGAGAAAUGUUGAGAAAUGUCGGCUUCGUCACUCCUUUUAUCUGAUGCGGUGGAAUAAACACACUGGUCAUGACAGUAAUCCCUCUGUGACGGUGACCUUUUAACAGGUACCUCGCUCAUUUAUUUUCACGAUAUAGCUUUUAGUCUGAGCAUGAUUUAAACAGCAUGCCAAUUGGUUCACAGGAGCCUUGUCUCCAUUGUGACAGUUUUGAGACAGCGCCAGGGGUUUAUUGGAAAUAUUGAUCUGCAAGAAUAUUUGAACAACUGGAGUGUAAAGUAUUACAUUAUACAAUUAGAAAACCCUGGCUCUACAUAUGAAUACAGAGACCGGGUUUACUGUGUAAUAUCCCACACAGACGGCGUAAUCAUACAAUCUGAGCUUGAUGACAAAGCCAGUCCCUGCACGAGGGUGUUGUCAUUGCAAUUACAUGGUUCAGGAAUACUAAUAAAGAUGCUGUCACUGUC